CCAAAACAGUUUUGAAUCCGCCAGUGAGCAGAGUCAGUCCUCUGGUUCUCUGACACAGGAGUAUCUUUAUUACCGAAAAACAAAGAAGAAGACACACCACCUGCAAACAUGUCUGUGAAUUAUGCUGCUGGGCUUUCACCGUAUGCCGAUAAAGGAGUCUGCGGGCUUCCAGAGACAUUUGACAGUCCUGAGGAGCUGAAAGCUAAGGCAGAGACCCUCGCUCAGCUGAUUAAAGAAUCUGAGUACUUGGUUGUCCACUCCGGGGCAGGAAUCAGCACCUCAGCAGGCAUCCCUGACUUCAGGGGUCCGAAGGGCGUUUGGACAAUGGAACAAAAGGGUGAGUCACCUCGCUUCGACACUACAUUUGAGGAUGCCAAACCCAGCCUGACUCACUUGGCUCUCCUUGGACUGCAGAGGGCCGGGUACCUGAAAUAUCUCAUCAGCCAGAACGUGGACGGCCUGCAUGUACGAUCUGGCUUCCCAAGGGACUUGUUAUCAGAACUUCAUGGGAACAUGUUUGUGGAGGAGUGCGAGAAGUGUGGCAGGCAGUAUGUGAGAGAAAAGGUGAUCGGUGUGAUGGGGCUGAAACCGACAGGGCGUUACUGUGAUGUGGUACGAUCCCGAGGACUCAGGGCCUGCAGAGGGAAGCUGAUUAGCACCAUAUUGGACUGGGAGGAUGCUCUUCCUGACAGAGACCUGGAUAAAGCAGAUGAUGCCAGCAGACGAGCUGACUUGGCACUGACACUAGGCACCUCCAUGCAGAUCAAACCCAGUGGAGACCUUCCACUCCUCACCAAGCGCAAAGGAGGGAAAAUUGCAAUUGUCAACCUGCAGCCCACCAAACACGACAAGCAUGCGUUCCUGCGUAUAAAUAGUUACGUGGACGAGGUCAUGAAACAGGUGAUGGAGCUGCUGGGAUUGGUGAUUCCAAAGUGGGAGGGUCCAACUGUCUGCGAGAGCUCCAAAGCCACCUCUGAGACCACCCUGGAUGUCAAACCACCUCGUGUUGUUAAGGCAAAGGGAAAGGUGAAAUCGGAGCUGAUCAAGGAGGAUAGAAAGAGAGAGGCGGUGUCUCCAACAGACGAUGGGAGUGUUAAGGACGAGAACAUUCCCGUAAAGAGGGAAAAAGUAGACUCUCCUGCAGAGUUAAAAGAAGAAAAAUAGCCUCAGGUAUCUUUCAACACUCCACAAACCCAUCCACACGCAGACUUUAUACCUGAGGGGGUUCAGUUGGUCGAUAUGAGGACAAGGGGUCUUCUCAUCCGGCGCCCUCAAGAGCAGAGACUCUUCUAGUACUGUAAAAGGUUUGUUGAUUGUAGAUCACGUACAUAAUGAACGGUGAUGUUUAUCUGACUUCUUAGCAAAGGGCUCAAAAGUUAGGACACUAAAUCAGCUGACUUGCUUAGUCCAUGAGAUGAGAUCAGAGGGGUGUGCUAUGCAGCGGGUCCAACAUACCCACACUCUCUUUCCAUUAGCUAACCCAACAAGCAAAACCGUAUCAUGAAAGUGUUUCUCAGCUUUCUCUGUUAUACUGUUUUGUUUUUUUUAUUGUCACAACAUUACAAUGGCAGUCAUGUGACCAGAAACCAAUCAUACCAACAUCAGUUGCUUAUUUUCCAUGAUGAAUCUACAAGAGGAGUCUAUCUUUACUUUGAACACAUAGAGACCAUUGUGCAUGCAGUCAGGUCACAUAACUGUACGAUGUAAACAUGCAUGCAAAAACUGCUGCCAUCACAGAUGUGCUCAAUUAAGGGAGACCAAUGUCAAGAGAGUGUGUUCCAGCUCGCCCCAGUGCUCGUGGUCACACAUGGACUGCUAACAGGACCAUGGAGUGUUGUUGACCUUUUACCUGUAGAGCACGUUGCAAUUAAAAGUUACUAUCAAGAGGCCGCUGACUCAGAGGAAAUCUAACUGAACAUCUUCAGAAAUUGUUGAUGACAUCCAGGUAAGUCAAUUGCGGUCAUUGAUAAAGUUUAUGAAGGGACCUGUACUCUUUCCUCCUGUAGUCUCUCUCUUCCUGCUGUUGAUGCAGGUGUCAGUGCCACUGUCAGAGAGCAAGACACAGUGUGGAAAAAGUAGGAGUGGGAUUUGAUUAGAAAGUAGACGCAAAGUUCCAAAAAAGAAAAGUGGUUUGUUGUUUUAUUGAACUUUCUUAUUAUUCAUGGGUCCACAAAACACACUGCGUUUAUCUUGUAUUUACACUUAUAUAUUUACAUAUUUCAAUACAUAACGCCAAACAGUAAAGCAUAUUCCAGUGUCAGUUUUUCCAAUAUCAUGCAGCUCCAAAGUGGCAACACUAGAGCUGAAUUGAAAAUUAAAUUCUGAACUUGACCUCCUCCUUAAAGCUGCUGUUGGUAGUAAGCAGAGUAAACAUCUGUUCAGAGAGAGGGACUUCGAAAGGCAACGCUAUCCCUCCCAACCAGAUUUCCUCUUAGCCCCCCAACACAGAUCGACGUGUGCAGUCAUUAUAGUGCCGGACUCGUGUCCAAUCCAAGGUUGUAGUAAGGGCCACCCCUUAACCAAUCAGGACAGAGGAUUAGAGAUUAGCUCUGAUUGGUCCGUCAUAAUGGGAACGAGGGGAAUAAUAACAUUGCUUGAUACAAAGGCAUUGGAAAACACCGAGAUUUCGCAAUAGUCUCAAAUUACUUCACUUACCGAUGAGUACUGAUUGGUAUUAUGACCUUAUCUCCAAACCCAGCAGAAAUAACGUUUUUACACCAUUCCUACCAACAGCAGCUUUAAAUAUGCAGUGUAAGUUAGCUUAGCAGUCACUCCAGGCUAUCCCUUAAUCUGAAAACAUUGGCUUUAGCGUCAAAGAGUUGGGUUUUCCCAUUAACCUCCUCUGUAGAACACCCCUCUGAAGUACACGGUUAUAAAUAGAUAACUUUAAAAAGGAGCAGAUUUCUCCCCUCUUUGAAACAUUGAUUUACAAUUGGUGUGCACCACAACUUAGCCACGUCCAGGCUUUUAAGACAGAUUAGCUCAAUUUCUUGAGAGAGCGUCUCUGAGUCUGAUUUCAGGUCACAAGAGGUUCUUGAUACCUAAAGAUAAAGCUUCUUUUGAGUCGUUGUGUUGCAUCGUGAGCGUCAAAGGGUUUUCUUUUCUUUCCAUCAGUUGCAACAUAUUUUCUUCAAGCACCAAAGUCUUUGACCCCAAUGUUUCUCCUCCUUCAGCGAGAUGUGCAGUAUAUUCCUGCCUGCUGUGCUUCAAUGGAGCAUUUGCUGCUGAGUGACUAUAAAAGGACCAUAGGCACACUGUACAUUUCUCAGAAAAUUGAUUUUAUCUCAGGAAAAAAAACACAUUGUACUGAGUGAAAAACGGUCACUUUAUGUUUUUUGUUUUUUUUUAUAAACAUCUGUUUUACAAUAAAUACCGUGUGUUGUUCUUACA